AGUAGCAGUACCAGCUUUGCCCGUUAGACAGAGACAGGAACAGAGAGAGAGAGAGAGAGAGAGAGAGAGAGAGGGAGAGAGAAAAAGCGAAAGAGAGAAAGAGAGAGAGAGAAGUUGCGACUAGUGUGUCUCGGCAAUCUCGGCCGAGCGUACAAAGCGUUUUGCAGUUGCGCUUCGUCAAGAGCUCGACCAACUGGUCACUCGCCAGACUUAAUACUAGCCAGUGUUUGUGAACGAGUAAACAGUGUCCGCUUUUUAAAAAUUACACAUUCAUACAUAGGACGGAGAAAGAGAGGCAGAUCCGAGAGUACGAGUAGUAGUUCUUUCUCCAAGUGUAACCGUAGCAAGCAAGAGAGGGAGACAAACGAGCUCUUGCGCGCGAGUGAAAGAGAGAGCUGACAGAUUCGGCCCUUAUUUGGGACGUAGAGCCGCUGCUUGCUGCGUUUUUCCGACAGUGUGCGCGCGUGCGUGAGUGUGUGUGCGCGCGCGAGGGAGAGGAAGAGCGAGCGAGAGAGAGAGCGAGCGCAGUCACGCAGCCUCUCCGCUUGUCUGUAAUCCGUCUCGAGAAGACGUCGACGACGUCGACGACGACGACGACGACGACGAAGUCUGCCGUGGCGUCGAGGAAGAGCUAGCAGCGGCGGUCCGCGACGACGACUGCGCGUGUGAGUGCGAACGCAACACGGAGUGAUCUCGCGACGCCCAGCGGCCCUUUGACCGAGCCAACAACAGCUCCAGCAUGCAGCCCAGGAUACGUGGCUGGGCCCUGCUGGCCUGUUGCAUCAGCAGCUUUCUGUUGGUCUCGUGCAACGCUGCUAACGAGAUUAAGGAGCAGAACUUGAAGGAGAAAUCGACGGGAAGCUCGACGUACAACUCCUUCGGUGACGACAUCUACUUGGAUGAUCAAGACGAAAUAGAGGGCUCGGGUCGGGGAGGCGGCGAAGUCCGCGACGACCUCGAGGCCUCCGGCAGCGGUCUCGGGCCCGACGACGAGGACGGCGAUGACGGCAGUGAGUUCAAUAACCACAAUACAAUCGAGCCAGUUCCCAAUAAGCCAGUUGACACGAGAAUCAUCACCGAGGAAACGAUACAUAAGACUAAACAGACAAACAUCGACGCUGUGAACCGACCCGAGCCGGGAGUCGAUGUGAUUGAGAAGCGACCAGGUGGCGACGAGGAAGUGGUCCGCGCCGAGGACGACGACAGCGAAGACUCCUACGACGUUUACAAGAUGGACACGAAGCACGGCGACAGAACGAGCUCGUUCUUCGCUCAGCCUGGUGUAUUAGCCGCGGUCAUUGGAGGCGCGGUAGUGGGUCUGUUGUGCGCGAUCCUCGUGGUCAUGUUCAUUGUGUACAGGAUGCGCAAGAAGGAUGAGGGCUCGUACGCGUUGGACGAGCCGCGAAGGUCGCCUGCGGCGAACACUUACCCCAAGCCCGGCGCUACGCAGCACAACCGCGAGUUCUACGCUUAAGCGGAGAGCACCAGUGCCAGCAGCAGCACAACAGCGCCAACGCUAACGGUGCUUCUCCACCUGUGCAUCACCACCUGGAUAGCAGCAGCGGCAGAGCAGCCGCACUGCGUACAAGCGCUACGACGAGACAACCGCGUCGCUCCUCUCUCUCUCUCUAUCUCUCUCUCUCUCUCUCUCUCUCUCUCGCUCUCGCUCUUGCUCUUGCUUUACACUGGUACGACUCUGCGACGGUUCUGUAGUCUCCAAGGCAGGCGAAUUUUGCACUUCGCCACGCCACUCAGCCGAGCAGGUCUCGGAUCGUCUCGAAAGUCUCUCACCGAUCAGUUGACUUUUAAGAGGUACUGCACUCGCGUGCUCGCGGAUGGUAAAACUCGUCGAGAGCCGUGGCGGCCGUACUGCUCAUCGAACGAGCACCUACUCAUUGGGCGAGCUCAACUUUGCAACGUGCCCUUCUUGGUCGACUUUCUUCCAUCUGCGAGUCGUGAACAGCUUCUUUCGCGUACCUCAACUGACAGAGUAAAGGAGACAAAGGGAGGAACGCGUGCUUACGAACAUGUGACUUGCGCGUCACUCAACUUUCAAGCUUUUAUACCGCUACACGGACGUAGACCCGUGUUAACGGAGUCCCAGAUCGUUAUCCCCGCUCGCUCAUCUAUCUAUGCCCCCCCCCUCUCUCUCUCUCUCUCUCUCUGUGCACAUGUGUGCGUGUGCUCCCUCGAUCAAGCCUCCUACGACACACAUUCCUGCAACACGGAUGCUACGCUAUCACUGGUCGAACCUCGACUGACUGACAAGAGAAACAAACAAAACAACACGAUUUUGCCAUAUAAAUAUAUAUAAUUAUUAUAAAUACAUAUAUAUAUUCAUUGCGUAAAUCUUGUGGACUGCGAACGUAACGCCAAGUUUGGUCGGCAAUCCAUUUGGAGCUAUAGCCAAGCACUAUUGAGAGAGAACGUUAGAGAUGGAUCAUGGCUCUUAUAUCCUAUUUCUCUUCAUCCUGUCUAUCUGUUUAUUCUCGUAAAUCCGUCCCAGUGUGCCGUUGAAAACUACGCAUGUGACGAUUUUGAAAAGAGAUUUUCACCUCCUUUUCACAUCGCUGCUUACUCAUUUUAUUCAUUCAAUUUGCUUUUACGUGCUUUAUAUAGCUUUAUUAGAGACAACGCACAUCAAAUUUCAGGCGAUAUGUAUCAGCCAUGAAUUAAUCACCACGGGGCAUUGAUUAAUAAGACAUUUUUACUGUCAAAAGCAUCUAUUCACGAUAAGUUUCAGAAAAAUCAAAUGUAAGGAAAUGUAUGUCAUACUAAAACUGCCAUUUACACCUAUAUAACUAUUUAAGCAAUUUGGUAUGCAAUUUUCCACCGAACCCGCCUUAUACGAGAACAAACGCACGUAACUGUCUAGAUCUAUCUUAUUCGUUCUUCAAUCUUCUUACCCGUCCUCUAGUAUAUAAGUAAGCCAUUGAUAACUUCUCUGCGUUUUAUUUCUUCUUUCUUCAAUUGUAAAUCGUUCUUCGAUAACUGUUACAUUUUUAUUACAAACGACUAAUCAUGUUAUACAUCAUUUGAGGCUGAAUUGCAUAUUUGAACCGUAUUAUUUUUUUCACAUUUCAGUUAUAUACUGGAUAACUUUGAUGUUUUCCUAGACUCUGCAAUGGUUAUUGUUGUUAAAUUUUUUACAUGUCACGAGAGUCUGGAAGAUGAAGAAACCAGUUUGCAUUUCGAUUUUUUUCAUGGUUCGUGUUUUUGAAGGUUCAUUAAUGUAUUUUAAUAAACUGUAAAUUUUAUAUCUUGAACCAUGACACAGGAAAAACUGAUAAUUGUGCAUAACAGAAUAAAAGAAACUUUACGUAUUCAGUAUCAUUGUAAAACACGGGUGAUUAUACAAAUUGGAUUUUUGGUGCCAUUUGUUUUUUAUAGGCGAUGCGAUGCAUCUUUUGAUGUUUUUGUUUGUCUUCUACCAUUGUCGCUAUAUUUUUUUGUGAGUGAAGUAACGAAUCGUUAUAAAAAUAUUUAUGAAGAAUUAUUGUAGAAAAGUAAACGGAAACAUUGACACAGAACAAACGAAAUUACUUAAAUUAGAUAAAGUCGUAUUUAAAUCGUGUGCAGCGUACUCGUUUUUCUGUUUAUUUUUUGUAAACGUUAAUUUAUUAUUAUAAAAGCAUAAUUGUACACGUAGCAUGUCUAUAUUUUAAUUAUUUUAUAAAAUUUUCAUAAGUUUUCUUUUGCUACCUACUUUUUUAUAUUCUAACAUUUUGCAAUGUAAUCAUUCUUCUUCACCUACUGAUUUGCUCUGAAAAUAGUCAUAGCUUUUGAAUAUUUUAAUUAUUUCCUAAUGAAAUGAUUUCAUAUAAACAGCUACACAUGAAUUCAUUCAUGGUAGUUAAAAAACCAGUAAAAGCGCUUUACUACUCCCCUGCCUGUUUGCUCUAACAAAUUAAUUAAAACUAUAUGAAACGGAACUUUAACGAAGAAAAUAUUAACUAGUAGUCUUUUUUAUAAUUAAAAGAUUAUUAUUUAUUGCGUAAUAAAUAAUAGGGUGUGAAAAAAAACGGAAAGAUAUGGAUAGAUAUACAAAUCAUUUUUCUAUGUAACUAGCAUUGACUGUCACAUGUAAUUAGUCAAAAUUUAUACUGAAAAUUGAAUUACAUAGAUGACAUUGACUUAUCUAAAGGAAGUUGUCGAAAGAAGAGAAUACCGUCUGUAUUUAAGUUCAAUUCAAUACUUUAAUAAUAAUUAGUAGAAUUAAUUAUUAAUCAUUGUAAUUACAAUAAAGAAUAUUUUAUAAGAGGUAUAAUAACUCCAAGAAAGGAGAUUGUUAACUAAGAAAAUAACAAACGUGGGGAAAAAAGUCAAGAGAAUCAGCGAGCAGCGUCUACGAAAUUUUCCUUCGUUGACGCUCAUUGAUAUCUUUAAGCUAGACGUAAGUAUUCAGAGACUUCUGAUACUCCCAUCACCUCGUCCCUGUUCCCUGUCAAUCCUGAAUAGCAUAUAAGUAUAUGUAUUACAUAUAUGUGUAUAUAUUUAUCUGCAUACACGCACUCACGACAGUGGGGUUUGAAAGCGAAAGCAAAAAACCGAAAAAAAAACGAUGUAUAUGCGUCUGAGCAUGACUUUGCAACAAGGCAGCGCCUUUUGAGAUGAAAUCAAUAGAAACGCGUUAAGCGAUCAAAUUCGUUUUUGUUAACUACAAUCGCAAUGCUUUCUUUUUAAUGUAAAAUGUUGAUUUACAAAUUUCAUAGAUAAACAUGUAAUAAUUUCUCGAAAUUUUACAGAUAUAAUUUUCAAUAUUUAUAUUCUAAUUUUAUCGCGACAUAUGAAAGAUUCAUAGUCGACUUGACUUGUUGCAUAACGUCGAUAGUUCAAACUUCAGUGUAAAAAUACUAUUUCAUCUUAUAAUAUGCAAACUAUUCAGAAACUAAUUAUUUUAAUUCACUGUUAGAAUGACAUAUCUGCAAAUGAUUUCGAUAGCUGUAAUUGAAAAUUGAAAGCUUGAGUUAGUCGUCUGAUAAAUUAAUGACGAUUGAUAUCAAAAGUGUCUUGUUUGUUCAUAAAUCAUUUUUUUUGCUUUCGAGGAAGUGAAGAGCCAAUUAUAUACAGCAGAAAUAAAUUCAUGAAUGCAAUUUCUAUUGCAGUGACGUAAUUGUUGCGCUUUGAAAUAAUAAAACAUGUUAUUAUUGAUUAACCGGAGAAUUAAUAAUAAUUGCACUAGAAUUAGUAAUGAUAACAAAAUAAUAUUCUAUGUCGUCGAUCAUAUUCUGUAAAUAAAUGCUGUAUCGUAUAAGAAAACAAGAUAUAUAUAAUAAAACAAUGAGAA